AUGAAGAUUACUUUCAGUCUUCCGCUGUUGGCAAUGACCGCCUUCAUGGCGGCGCCCUCCUUCGCUCUGCCCAACAUUGGCGCUAUGCUAGCGCCGGGACCAAAGGGCGAGCCAUCAAUCUUCGAGAAGCGUCUAGCCUUGGCUGAUCCCCUGGCACUGAACACUAUGUUUAACGACCUCAAGUCGAAAGCUGCGGAGCUGAAUAAGAAGGCCAACUUCCCCGAUGCUUCUAAACUGAGCGGCACCAAGAUCGCCGACCUAACUCCCGACAAGAUCUACUCGGCUUUCGGACUGCGCAGAGAUGGUGGUCUUCUUCCUCCUGGUGAGGAUGCAGCUCAUCCUUGGAAAGCGCCGAGGAAGACUGACAAACGCGGACCUUGCCCUGGUCUCAACACAAUUGCCAAUCAUGGCUACCUGCCUCGCAACGGUAUUGUAUCCCCCGUCGAACUUUUGGUGGGUACCUUCGAAGGUCUCAAUCUUGGGCCGGACCUGGCAGCGAUCGCAGGCGCUAUCUCGUUCGUCGGUAUGGGCGACCUUACCACGAUGACGCUCUCAAUUGGAGAUCGACACGGACUUGGCGAUGGUCUCAAUCACCAUGGUAUCUUGGAGGGUGAUGGCUCCGUUACCCGACUGGAUCACUACUUCGGCAACAGCUGGGAUGCUAAUCCGAAGCUCGUCCAACAAUUCAUCAACGAAACCAACACCUACGGUCGAGGCAAUGUUGACGUGUGGUCACUGGCCAAUUCGCGAUACCGCGCUUGGGACUAUGGCCGCAAGAACAAUCCCAUCUUCGACUUCAACCCUUGGCGUAUGCUUGUUGCUUAUACCGAGAGUGGUUUCACCCAUGAGGUUCUUCGCGGAUCAUUCGCUAACUUCGACGAAAGCAUGAUCAAGAGCUGGUUCGUAGAGCAACGAUUCCCUAAAGGUUGGAGUAAGCGUCUUAUUACGAUGACCACUCCCGAGCUUCUGGCGUGGGCGGGCAUUAUUAACCUUGCGAAGCCAACCGUCCCCGGAUGGAAUCUGGGUACCCGAGGAGCCUUCUUGCCCGCUCCGACCGCAAGCGGAGUUGGCAGGUUGCUCAAUGCUCUGAUCAACCCCAAAACCUCAGGAGCCACCGUGGCCGACUUUCUCUGUAACGCUCGCAAUGCUGCUCUUAGCAACGUUCCCACGCAGCUGGUCAACCUUGUUGGAGGAGCUGGCGCAACCGGCUGCUAA